AGGAAAGAACUCACCGUAUCGGUCCUAGACUAUUGUUGUAGAUCAUACACAUGGACAGAGGUACUUACCGAACUUGUUAUCUUCUAAGUAUUAAAUUCACUAUCUUCUUUCGUUACAUCCAUGCUGUAGCUUACACUGUACUAUGGCAACAAAUUCGAUAAUGAUGAUGAUCUCUGUUGGGUAUACCCCGUACUAGAUGAGAUAACUACCACCACUUCGACGACCACUGCUACCGUUACUCCUAUCCAAUACUUGACGCCAUCGGCAAGGUACUAAGUGUAAGUUUCUAGUCAACGAAUCAUCAUCAUGGGAGGAUCGGCUCAGUCGAAGGAAGCAGGUGUUUUCGUGGAGUUGGACUCCUACACCUAUUAUCCGGGUGAUAUUAAGGCCAAUGGAAUGUGUUCAUAUUCAAUAUUUAUUGUUGAGUCUACAAAGGGAUGGAGGAACAACCAUUUUUAACUUAGCGUAUGAUCUGUUAGAAUUUCUUUUUUAACUACUUGAACCUCUAGUACUAUUGUACUCGCAAAGAUUUUUUUCAUCUUUAGUAAGUUGGUCGGAGGUACAUCUAAAGGUGGGUCGCUCAUAAUCAUCCUUGAACAUUGUUGUAUCUGCUCUAAUGACACUUUGACUUAUGGCGACCGACUAUAGUGGAUUCCUGGCAGGAUAGGGGAAUGCAUCCGAAUCAGCCUUUCCUAAUCUAACCAAUUAGAAGAAUUACUACACCAAGGGGGCAUGAUCUCCAUCCGCAUCACUCCAACAUUACUUGUCAGGACUAGUCUCUCCUCACCACAACCGGUCAAGUCCAAGUGUUGUCAACAAUCUCUCUUCACUAUGACUACUCUUCAGGUUGUCAGGACUAGUCUCUCCUCACACAACUCUCCACUCUCCAGGUCCAACCCCCAGGUCCAACUUCUAAUCCACUGGCAAGAUCCAUUUAGCGGUCGACUCUCACGCAGUGGAGAUUAGGUCUGUGAAUUUGAAACUCUCCGGCUACGAAAAAGUGGAAUGGAGAACUGUCACGACACGAAGAAGACGAAAUGAAAGAGAACCAGAUAAGUGGGAGGAAGAAGAGGUACAGUUACAAAAUCAACUCUUGGCGCAUGCGAUCGAAAGUAAGAACUGAUAAGAGCAUAUAGAUAUAAAAAUGUCAUAUACAAAGUAACGGGUCUCAACAAGUAUUCGAAACGUCUUAUACGUAGAUACUCGAGAUAGAUCAAGAAAAAGAAGUCCGCUACAUGAUUUCAAUUUUCGAAACUACAUAACAGGAGAUCGAAAAUCACGAUGGGAGGCAUGACUUCUUCAAAGUGCAGAUACCUGUGCAAGAGGGCAUCGCUAUCACCGCAGGCCGCGGACAAUACACUUACCCUUUCCUUAUGAUAGACAGGCCAUGCAGGUGGUAGCCAAAAGUUGUCAUCAACAGCCACUCGUUAUUCUGUCUUACAUAGUGAUAGACUUUCUCUUUUUACUCAAGUGACUCUCACGACUCGCAAGAAUUAUGCUCGCAAGUGCUACGGCUGGUUAGGGUUAAGGUUAAAAGGUAUCAGAAUGCUUCGACCCAGAAUCCAUCCAUGAUUUAGGUGUUUGUGAUUCUAAUAUUCAAUGCCAGCUACCUGGGUUUCUUCCUGGUAGCUGUCGAGUCGGUACAGAUCCCAAAUACCAUGGGCCUGGCAGGCACAACCAGAAAUACCAUUUUUUAUGAUCAAGAAUUUACAAUGUUCUUUUAGGAUUAGAGAUGCCAUGAAGUGAAUGUGAUUAAAAAUACAAAAAUUUCACUUCGUCUAUAGGAUUAGGGAUACUUCAUCUACCAGCUCUUAUCCCUUGCAAUGAAAAUAAUUGAAAUUCUACUAAAUACUUCUAUUCACUUGCAGCUACUGGAAAGAAACAAAUUUCAAUACUCUUCUAAUCCCUGGCGAAUGCAAGUACAAAGUCAAGGCUUUUGUGGAAUUCGUAGGCGAGCAUACACGAGGAGGCCUAUUCAGCUCGGGCGUGGACAAAGUCAAGUGCUCUCAAGAGUUCAUGUUAAGGGUCAACAUAUCGUGUGUUAGUAGUACUGAAGUAUGGUAUCCUUGUUUGCGUCACGCUUGACACACUCUCGAUUGAUUUGUUUCUUCUAGGGAAAAGAUAGGCCUCUGUGGAGGCUAGUUCCCGCACACUCAAAAUAUGCAAGUAACCAACAGGACAAUAGCCGAGUACUAACUUAUGUGAGUAGAUUAUUCUCCAGUCUCCUCGAAAGUCGUUAUUUCAGUUUUUUCAUAAUUAUCUACAGUUUUAGGGAGACAACAGGAAUUGGAGUGAGUAGUGCUAAUGAUAGUGGUGAACCGCUGCCCUCCAGCUCAGAGCCUCUCAAAAACCGCAGAAACCGCAGUUGCGCUAUGCGGAUGCAGUUGCUGUUCCUGCUGUAGUAGAGGUAACAACUUUUAUGAUCAGUGUGACUGAGGACUACAACUACUUGGAGGUGUUGUUCUUCAAAAUAACAACAACAUGCACACCUAUAAGACGUCUGGUGUUUCCAGAUCAUGGUGUUUUUUAUCAAUUCACAACGCGUUUCAUUCUGCGGCAUAAUAAUUCGUUCACACAAUUCGUUUCACAAUUCUUACAAAAAACCAAGGUCUCGUCCGUGUCACUGCGCGAAUGGCACUCACAUAAUUCGUUUUACAGUUCUUACAAAAAACCAAGGUCUCGUCCGUGUCACUGCGCGAAUGGCACUCACAUAAUUCGUUUUACAGUUCUUACAAAAAACCAAGGUCUCGUCCGUGUCACUGCGCGAAUGGCACUCACAUAAUUCGUUUUACAGUUCUUACAAAAAACCAAGGUCUCGUCCGUGUCACUGCGCGAAUGGCACUCACAUAAUUCGUUUUACAGUUCUUACAAAAAACCAAGGUCUCGUCCGUGUCACUGCGCGAAUGGCACAAGAUUCCUUUCGACAGGGUGAAUCAGUAG